AUGCACCCGGUCCUCGCCGCCACCCGGUGGCCGCCGCUCCUGCUGCUGCUCCUGCUGCGGCCGCCGCUGGCUGGCGGCGCCCCGGCGGGGCCGGGAAGUGGGGGGCAGGCCUCGGACGUGGUGGUGCCCACGCGGUUGCCGGGCAGCAACGCAGGCGAGCUCGUGCUCCACCUGUCCGCCUUCGGCGAGGGCUUCGAGCUGCGCCUGGCGCCCGACGCCAGCUUCCUGGCUCCCGAGUUCAAGAUCGAGCACGUCGGGGGCUCCGGCGGGGAGGCCGGGGGCGAGCAGGGACUGCGCGGCUGCUUCUUCUCGGGCACCGUGAACGGGGAGCCCGAAUCGCUGGCCGCCGUCAGCCUGUGUCGCGGGCUGAGCGGCUCCUUCUUGGUGGCCGGCGAGGAGUUCGCCAUCCACCCGCGGGGCGCAGGGGACUCCCUGGACCAGCCGCACGUCCUGCAGCGCUGGGGGCUCGCGGGGCGCCGCGGGGAUCCCGAGCUCGCCCUGGACGAAGCCCUUCCCCUCCCUCAAGGACCCGACUGGGAGGUGGAGAUGGGGAAGGAACAGAGUCAGGAGAGAGGAGACGGCGAGGACGAAGAGGAGGAGCGCAAAGGGGCAGAAGGCGCCAGGGAACGGCCGCCACCCUUGCGAAGCACCAGUAGGACCAAGCGCUUCGUGUCGGAGGCGCGCUUCGUGGAAACCCUGCUGGUGGCCGAUGCGUCCAUGGCUUCCUUCUAUGGGGCCGAUCUGCAGAACCAUGUCCUCACCCUGAUGUCCAUGGCAGCCCACAUCUACAAGCACCCCAGCAUCAGGAAUUCCAUCAGCCUCAUGGUGGUCAAAGUACUGAUUGUGGAAGAUGAGAAACAGGGCCCAGAGGUGUCUGAUAAUGGUGGGCUUACGUUGCGUAACUUCUGCAGCUGGCAGCGACACUUCAACAAACCCAGUGACCGACACCCAGAGCACUAUGACACAGCCAUCCUGCUCACCAGACAGAACUUCUGUGGGAAAGAGGGGCAAUGUGACACACUGGGUGUGGCAGACAUCGGCACCAUCUGUGACCCCAGCAAGAGCUGCUCUGUGAUCAAGGAUGAAGGGCUCCAAGCGGCCUACACGCUGGCCCAUGAACUAGGGCACGUUCUCAGCAUGCCCCAUGAUGACUCUAAGCCCUGUGCAAGGCUCUUUGGGCCCAUGAGUAAGCACCACAUGAUGGCACCGCUCUUCGUCCACCUGAAUCAGACGAUACCCUGGUCUCCCUGCAGUGCCAUGUACCUCACGGAGCUCCUGGAUGAUGGCCACGGAGACUGCCUCCUGGAUGCUCCCACCUCAGUUCUGCCCCUUCCUACGGACCUACCAGGCAGCAAGGGGCUCUAUGCACUGGACCAACAGUGUAAGCAGAUGUUUGGGCCUGGUUUCCGCCAUUGCCCCAACACUCCUCCACAGGACAUCUGUGCCCAGCUCUGGUGCAACACCGAGACUGAUGAGCCCCUUUGCCACACGAAGAAUGGCAGCCUACCAUGGGCUGAUGGCACACCCUGCGGACCUGAGCACCUCUGCUUAGAUGGCAGCUGUCUGCCCAAGGAGGAAGUAGAGAAGCCCAAGGCUGUGGUAGAUGGAGGCUGGGGCUUGUGGGGACCCUGGGGUGAAUGCUCUCGGACCUGUGGAGGAGGAGUCCAGUUUUCAUACCGUGAAUGCAACAACCCCGAGCCUCAGAAUGGAGGAAGAUACUGCCUGGGUCGGAGAGCCAAGUACCAGUCGUGCCACACAGAGGAAUGUCCCUAUAAUGAAAAAAGCUUCAGGGAGCAGCAGUGUGAGAAAUACAAUGCCUACAAUUACACUGACCUAGAUGGGAAUCCUUUGCAGUGGGUCCCUAAAUAUUCAGGGGUGUCUCCUCGAGACCGCUGCAAGUUGUUCUGCCGAGCCCGGGGGAGGAGUGAAUUCAAAGUGUUUGAAGCCAAGGUGAUCGAUGGCACUCUAUGUGGCCCUGAGACCCUGUCCAUCUGUGUCAAGGGCCAGUGUGCCAAGGCUGGCUGUGACCACGUGGUGGACUCCCCUAGGAAGGUGGACAAAUGUGGGGUGUGUGGGGGCAAAGGCACUUCAUGCAGAAAGGUCUCCGGUUCAUUCAUCCCCACCAGUUAUGGCUACAAUGACAUUGUCACCAUCCCUGCUGGUGCCACAAACAUUGAUGUGAAACAACGAAGUCACCCAGGGGUUCGGAAUGAUGGCAGCUACCUGGCAUUGAAGACAGUUGAUGGGCAGUACCUGCUUAAUGGCAAUCUGGCUAUCUCUGCCAUGGAGCAGGACAUCUUGGUGAAAGGGACCAUCCUAAAGUACAGUGGCUCCAUCGCUACCCUAGAGAGGCUUCAAAGCUUCCGGGCCCUGCCUGAACCUCUGACAGUGCAGCUUCUGACUGUCCCUGGUGAGGUCUUCCCUCCCAAAGUCAGAUAUACCUUCUUUGUUCCCAAUGACACGGACUUCGGCAAGCAGAACAACAAAGAGAGAGCAACCACCAACUUCAUACAGCCACUGCUCCAUGCACACUGGGUGCUGGGGGACUGGUCCGAGUGCUCAGUCACGUGCGGAGCUGGCUGGCAGAGGCGGACCGUGGAAUGCAGAGACUCCUCUAGCCAGGCCUCCACCACCUGUGACAAGGAUUUGAAACCUGAGGAUGCCAAACCCUGUGAAAGCCAGCCAUGUCCCCUGUGAUCCUAUGGUGGGACAGUCUUGUGCUCAUGAACUUCGGGUGCUGGGUUAUAGACAAAGGUCCCCUCUGGGGUGACCCUGGGGAUCGAAGUGGCAUGGUUUGCCUGGGUCUCCCAUUGAGCAGCCCUUGGGUACUGCCUGAGUGCAUAAGGAGGAAGAAAAGGAGGGAAGAGAAAGACAAAUGCUAAUGUUGACUGUCUAGCAGACUGGACCUUGCUCAGGUUCAAGUAGAGGACAUAGGUUAAAAGGUAAAAGUGCACUUAUUGACUCAAAAGGGAGAUGUCAGAGCCAGCCUUAUUUUCAAAGGACUAGUAAAGUUAAAUGAGAAAAAGAAAAGUUCUUUUCUAUUUGGUUUCCCUGAUAAAUAAUCUACCUCACAGGGGGAAAAAAAUUAGUUCAGGAGAGAUAUGGGGCCUGAGUCAAUAGUAGAUAGCAAAGCAAGUUGCUCUCAGAGCUGGCUUUGGAAAUGAUCACAACUAUCUUCAGUGUUAAAAUCCAUUGUCUAAAGGGUCACAGUGUCUGUCACAGGGUUGUAGAGAGCCACAUGUUCUCAGGCUGCCACCUCCUGAGGUAGACCCAUUUCAAGUAUUUAUGCAAAUGUGUCUCUGAACUAAAGUGUGAUCUUGUGCCCAU